AUGGCACCAUUCGGCAAAAUCUGGUCCUACCACCCUAGCCCCCGGGUCAUGAGAAUCCAGGCAGUAGCCAACCUCAACGGCCUGGAGCUGGCCACCCCGGACUUCGUCAUGCGCGAGACCAACCGCACCCCCGAAUUCCUGUCCAAGUUCCCGUUCGGCAAGGUUCCCACUUUCGAGGGCGCCGACGGCACCAACCUGUUCGAGACGGAUGCCAUUGCCGAGUAUCUCGCUAUGAGUGGCCCGGCCGCCGAGCAGCUGAUGGGUCGCACGCUUGUCGAGCGGGCCACGAUUCGGCAGUGGAUCUGCUUUUCCCAGGGUGAGGUCAUGGAGAACGUGGUGCAGCUGGCCUUGUGGCGUCGGGGGGCCAAGCCCUAUGACCAAGCCAUUGAGAACAACGCCCUGGAGCGUCUGGAGCGCUCGCUCGCCCUCCUCGACUCCCACCUGAAGGGCCGCAACUGGGUGUGCAGUGAGGACAGGGUCAGCAUGGCGGAUAUCACACUCGCCUCAGCGCUGGCCUGGGGCUUCUCCAUGGGCAUCGACGCCGAGAUGCGCGCCAAGUGCCCAGUCACCGUCGCCUGGUACGAACGCGUCAUUGUCGUGGAUGGAGUCAAGCAGGCUUUUGGCGAGAAGAAGUUCAUCGAGAAGCGUCAGGUUCCUCGGAAUUAG